AUGGCAGUUGCAGGCGGCGAAGUGUCCAACAGGCGGGGGGAGCCCCCAGAUCGCCCCCAGCAGAGACAGAGGAGGAAGCCCCGGGUCCUCUUCUCCCAGGUCCAGGUGUACGAGUUGGAGAGGAGGUUUAAGCAGCAGAAGUACCUAUCUGCCCCGGAGAGGGAACAGCUGGCAUCAGUCCUCAAGCUCACCUCCACCCAGGUGAAGAUCUGGUUCCAGAACAGAAGAGAUACAAGUGCAAGCGGCAGAAACAGGACCGGUCUCUGGAGCUGGCAGGACACCCUCCUCCUCCCCGCAGGGUGGCAGUGCCAGUUUUGGUCAGGGAUGGGAAGCCCUGCCUGGCUGGGAAUCAGACUUUCCAUACAACUUACGGUGCCAAUGCCAGCUCAUACCCUUAUCCGGUGUGUUUUGGUGGAUAUAGCAGCAAUCCAUAUUACUCAAGAGCUCCUAUGGUGCCAGCUGGGGGCACACCACCCGUACAGCUGGUCAGUAUGA